CCAGGUUCGGCGCUGCUGGUGUGGACGCGGACGUCGCUGGGACAGUCCCUCCCGCUGCUCGGCGGCGGCACCUGCCCAGCCGCCCCUCGGCUCGCCGCCGGCCCCGCCAAUCCGGACCCGGUUUCCAGCGCCUCUUCCUCCCAGUCCCGGGCGAGCCGCGUUGGGUUUAUGUCUUUAUUUGACGAAAACGAGCUGUUGCGCAGCCAUUGGUACCUGUAUUGAGGAAACAUAGCAUACAAGCAAGAAGCUUACAGCCUCAGUGGCGAAAAUUUUUUCAUGUCCGAGACCGAGAACUCUUGCAGUCGUUUAUGUCAUCCCUUCUUCUCCAGACAGAAGAUACCAAAAAGUUGCAAUCAAAGAUCUGUUCAUCUUAUUGAUAAAGUCACUAAUAAGCCAAAAUGUCUGUCAACAUCAACCGCAGCGUGUCAGAGCAGUUCUAUCGCUACAAGAUGCCCCGUUUGAUUGCUAAGGUUGAGGGCAAAGGAAAUGGAAUCAAGACAGUUAUAGUCAACAUGGUUGACGUUGCAAAGGCGCUUAAUCGGCCUCCAACGUAUGCCACCAAAUAUUUUGGUUGUGAGCUGGGAGCACAGACCCAGUUUGAUGUUAAGAAUGACCGUUACAUUGUCAAUGGAUCUCAUGAGGCGAAUAAGCUGCAAGACAUGUUGGAUGGAUUCAUUAAAAAAUUUGUUCUUUGUCCUGAGUGUGAGAAUCCUGAAACAGAUCUGCAUGUCAAUCCAAAGAAGCAAACAAUAGGUAAUUCUUGUAAAGCCUGUGGGUACCGAGGCAUGCUUGACACACAUCAUAAACUCUGUACAUUCAUUCUCAAAAACCCACCUGGGAAUAGUGACAUUGGUACAGGAAAGAAAGAAAAGGAAAAGAAAAAUAGAAAGGGCAAGGACAAGGAAAAUGGCUCUGUAUCCACCAGUGAGACACCACCACCUCCACCACCGAAUGAAAUUAGUCCUCCACAUGCUGUGGAAGAAGAGGAAGAUGAUGAUUGGGGGGAGGAUACAACUGAGGAAGCUCAAAGGCGCAGAAUGGAUGAAAUCAGUGACCAUGCAAAAGGUCUGACACUUAGCGAUGAUUUGGAAAGAACUGUAGAAGAGCACGUUAACAUCCUGUUCGAUUUUGUUAAGAAAAAGAAAGAAGAGGGCAUUAUUGAUUCAUCUGACAAAGAAAUUGUGGCUGAGGCAGAAAGACUGGAUGUAAAAGCCAUGGGUCCUCUUGUUUUGACCGAAGUUCUCUUUGAUGAGAAGAUAAGAGAGCAAAUCAAGAAAUACAGGCGCCAUUUUCUAAGAUUUUGUCAUAACAACAAAAAGGCUCAGCGGUACCUUCUUCAUGGUUUGGAAUGUGUGGUGGUGAUGCAUCAAGCCCAGCUGAUCUCCAAGAUUCCUCAUAUCUUGAAGGAGAUGUAUGAUGCAGACCUAUUAGAAGAGGAAGUCAUUAUCAGCUGGUCAGAAAAGGCCUCUAAGAAAUAUGUCUCAAAAGAACUUGCCAAAGAGAUUUGUGUCAAAGCAGAGCCAUUUAUUAAAUGGUUGAAGGAAGCAGAGGAAGAAUCUUCUGGUGGUGAGGAAGAAGACGAAGAUGAAAAUAUUGAGGUGGUAUAUUCGAAGACUGCCAGUGUACCAAAAGUUGAAACUGUGAAGUCUGACAACAAGGAUGAUGACAUUGAUAUUGACGCCAUUUAAAAGGAUGGAUGCAACUUAGCUUAACAGUGUAAUGCUGCAAAUUUUUCUCCAAUAUCAGCCAGAAGUGCAACAUGUAUGUGCAAGAGCUAAAAUGGCUUAACAUCAUGCUACACUUGAUACUAAAAAGCUAUUACUGUGAGUGGUCUAUAAUUAAGCCCAGUGAGACAUCUAGGGAGUCCAUACAUAUCAGUGGGCAGUUGUAGUUUGCUUAUUUAUAGCAUGUUUCUUUCGGAAAAACUAGUGGUGGACACAUUUGGAUCACAUUUAUACAGUUA